AUGAGUUGGAUAUGGAUGAAUUUAAAACUCAAAGAAAACAUGUUUGUUCAGAAAUCUAGCCUUAAGUGGGAUAGAGAGGGUGACACUAACAGUAGAUACUUUCAUUGUGUUAUGAAGGAGAGAUGUCAGAGAAACUUCAUUGGUUCCAUUGUUACUAAUCAUUGUGUUCUGGAGUCAGUAGGAGAGGUCAAGAAGGAAGUUAGGAGGCAUUUCUUUGAGAAAUUCAAGGAAUCGAAUUUCAAUCGUCCUCUUUUAGAGAGGGUCUCUUUUAGCGUGGUGUCUCGAGAAGAGAGGAACUCUCUGAAAGUUCUGUUUUCUUAUCUUGAAAUUAAAGAGGCGGUUUGGGGGUGUAAGGGUUCAAAGAGUCCAGGACCGGAUGGUUACAACUUUUUCUUCAUAAGGAUGUGUUGA